UCGUCCCCGGCCCGCGCCAACGCCAUGGAGGCGCCGCGCGCGAUACUCGGCGGCGAAGGCGAGGUGGAGGAGGAUAAUGCGGAGGAGGCGCGGGAGGUUUUACUGCAGCAGGUGUUCGCAGACAUAGGGGCCAUGUAUCCAGCUGCUGCUGAAGCUGAGAGUGAGGCCCCAGGAACACCUGGUGCUGCCCACACAGGGACCCCUGCAGACACAGAACCCAGCAAGGCCAAGUGCAAUAAUCUAGGGGCCACGUAUACAGUUGCUUCUGACGCUGACAGCGAGGCCACUGAGAGCGAGGCGCUAGGAACACCUGGUCCUGCCCACACAGAGUCCCCUCAAGACACAAAACCCAGUAAGAGCAAGCACAAAGAUCGAGGGGCCACAUGUCCAGCUGCUGUUGAUGCCGAGGCAUCAGGGAUACCUGGUGCUGCGCAUGCAGGGACCCCUCCAGACACAAAACUCAGCAAGGGCAUGUGCAAUGGGGCCACUUCUGCAGCUGCUGUUGACGCUGACAGCGAGGCCUCGGGGAGCGAGGCACUAGGGACACAUGGUGCAGCCCACGCGGGGACCCCCCUUGAUACAAAACCCAGCAAGAGCACGAGCUACGGUCUACCGGCCACUUUUGCAGCUGGUGUUGAUGUUGACAGCGAGGCGUCGGGGAGCGAGGCGCUAGGGACACCUGGUGCUGCCCACGCAGAGACCCCUCCAGAAACAGAACCCAUCAAAAGCACACAUGAAGAUCUAGGGGCUACUUCUGCAGCUGCUGUUGACGCUGACAGCUAUGCCUCGGGGAGCGAGGCACUAGGGACACCUGGUGCAGUCCACGCGGGGACCCCCCCUGAUACAAAACCCAGCAAGAGCACGAGCUACGGUCUACCGGCCACUUUUGCAGCUGCUGUUGACGCUGACAGCGAGGCGUCGGGGAGCGAGGCGCUAGGAACACCUGGUGCUGCCCACGCAGAGACCCCUCCAGAAACAGAACCCAUCAUAAGCACACAUGAAGAUCAACAGGCCAUGUUUGCACCUGUUGCUGAGAGCGAGGUCACAGGAACACAUGAUCCACAUGCCACGUUUGCAGCUGUUGCUGAUGCUGAGAGCGAGGUCACAGGAACACAUGAUACUGCCCUCACAGGGACCCCUCCAGACACAGAACCCAUAAAAAGCACGUGCAAUGCUGCUGAGGUAGCAGUUGCUGAUUUGGCCAGGAUGGCGUUUCCGCACCCCCCCUCCCCUCCUGACCCCCCCGGCGAGCGGCAUCGCAGUGGGAUGGCAGAGCGUACAUUCAUGUGUGAUGAAUGCGGGAAGGGAUUCUUCUACACAUCGCACCUGAAGACUCACAUGCGCACACACUCUGGAGAGAGGCCAUUCGUCUGCCAGGACUGUGGGAAGGCGUUUUCCACAAACUCGAACCUGAAACACCAUCAGAAGACACACACAGGUGAAAAGCCACACGUGUGCCAGAACUGUGGGAAGGGCUUUUCCACCAAUUGUUUACUCAAGACCCACCAACGGAAGCACACAGGCGAACGGCCCUUUCUCUGCAAGUUGUGUGGGACAGCGUUUGCGCACAAGUCGAGCCUGAAGAACCACCAGAACACGCAUACCACCGAAAAGUCUCUGACCUGUGACAAGUGUGGCAAGUCAUUUGUGAAUCGCGCUAACCUCAAUGCACACAUUAAGAGACAUGCCGCAGAGAAGGAGCAUGCUUGCGAGCAGUGUGGGAAAAAGUUUAUGAUGAUUUCCUACCUGAAAAUCCACCAGAAGACGCACACACUUGACGGGAAGCAUGUGUGCGACGAGUGCGGAAAGAAGUUUAUUUAUUUGUCGUACCUCAAGACCCACCAGAGGUGGCACAGCGGGGAACGGCCAUACGUGUGCGAAGUGUGCCACAAGGGCUUUGUGCAGAGCUCAGCCCUCAAGUCCCACCGCGUGAUGCACUCCAACGAGCGGCCCUAUGCUUGCUCCGAGUGCGGCAAAACAUUCGCUCAUCGCAAGCACCUGCAGGACCACGGUCGGACGCACACCGGUGAGAAGCCCUUCACCUGCCACGAGUGCGGAAAGUGCUUCUCUCUCAAGUCCAACCUUAAAGUUCACCAGAAGGGCCACAGCGGUGAGCGGGCGUACGUGUGCACGGAGUGCGCCAAGGCGUUUAUAUGCAUGUCUCAUCUGAAGGAACACCAACAAAUGCAUGCUGGACAGAGGGCAUAUGUAUGUGACCAGUGUGGGAGCAGCUUUUUGAGCAACAGUCACUUGAAAAAGCAUCAGAAAAAGCAUAAAAUUAAGGCUACACUAGCCACAAAUGCAUGAAUAUAGGAUGAAUUGUAGUAAAUAUAAACAUCUAUAUAUUAUUUCCCACCUGAUAUAUGGUACAUAAUAUGGUACCAUGCUUUGUAAUUUACAGUUCAUCUAAAGUAUACCUGAUUCAACUGGUGAAGUUUUCAUUGUAUUUUUUAUGUGUUGUAUAUAUUAGGUCUUGAAAAAUAAAAAAAUGAA